AUGCCGCUUGUUGAUGGCAUGACCGCAUUAGACGAAGCCCUGGAGGCUCCCGAAUGGAACAGCCUCGGAGCAGUCAGGACAGCAAUUCGGAAGCAGCUAACACAACAAGGUGCAGGAGCUACAAAUCCAUCGGAGGAAGUCAUAAAUCAUUGGUCGGGGGAAAUGAUGGGGGUGCUGAACGACAUGAACAGUGCUAAAGCUGAUGCUAUGAAGGAUGUGGCACCUGGAGAUCGCCGAGCAUGGAAGGUGUGCGAGGAGGGUCCGGAGCAUCGAGCCAUGGUGCGCAAGGGCCCAGAAGGGACGGAAGUGCACACGCUGCUGAUGGAGGGAAUCGUGAACGGACCCGUGGAAGCAGCCGUCGCUAUGACUCGCGAUGUCACCUUCUUCAAAGAAUGGUGGCCGCAGCAGAACAUGCCAGUGUACAAGGUGAUUGAAAACCGGUAUCUGAAGCGAAUUGGCGACGGAUUCGACCUCACCUACAUGAGGUUCAGGACCCCGUGGCCGUUCCCCGGGAAGGAGUUCGCCUUCAUGCUCUUGAGCGUGUACGACGCCAGCACGGGCAUGGUCACGACCGUCCUUCAGACGCCACCAGAGGACAGUACUCUCAUCGACCCACAUAAGCACGGCUUCCCUCGAGAGGCCGUCCCUCCCGUGCCCUCGGGCGUGGUCCGCAUGGCCAUCAAUGGUGGCUUUACCGUGAAGGACUUAGGAGAGAAUCGCUGCCACUAUCGGGGAAUCUUCACCGUCGAUCUUAAGAUGCCGCCCGCUCUGGUCAACUUUGUAACCAAGGGGUUUGGCGGGAUGCUGUUCACGGUGUUUAGCAAAGAGAUUGAGUCUGAUCUGGCGGAUAGCAAAGGAAGCAAGGGGAAGGCGUUUCGGAAGGUUCUGGAGGAGGAGCAACUGUAUGUAAGGAUCAGAGAGGCUAUGGGUGUGCACCGUGCUCGCAAGGAGAAGCAGCAGGAGAGAGUUGGGGGAGGAGGAGGAGGAGCGGUGGUGGCAGCAGCAGGGAUGGGUGAUGAUGGUGAGGAGGAAGAAGAAUGGGAUGGAGGAGAGUCAGAGGCGUUUUAUUCUCCCGCCUCCUCAUUCUCCUCCUCCUUCCAUGCGCACGCCCUCCCUCACCUCUCCCUCGACCACGCCGCUGCCUCUGAAUCACUCCACCCACACGCCACAGAAGGCACGCAUCUUCGUGAGGCGCCCCAAAUGCUGCUCUCACACGCCUCGGGUAUGCAGCGCCGAACCAGCGGUCCUCCUCACUUCAGAUCUUCUAUCUCCAGGGGUAGGUCGGACGGCCCAGCAGCAGCAAGAGCAGCAGCAGCGGCGGCGGCGGCAGAAGCAGAAGCAGGAGGUGCAGCAGGAUGGGUUGGCAGGGGCCGGUUUGGCUUCCGCAGCAGCAGGCGCAAGGCAGAGGAGAGAGCUCGCAAACUCACAGAAGCCAUUCCUCCCUUCUCGUCCUCUCUUCGCACGCCCUCUUCACCUGCUGCCUCCCUGGCCUCCUCCCUAUCCCAAGCUCGCCUUGAAGACCUGGGCCUGAUCCCUGUUGACUCUGCUUCUAUAUCUUCUCACGAAGCAGCAAGCUACCAGCCCCACCACAGUGACCUGUGUCAGCAGCUGCAGCCUGGUGAUUUUGACAGAAUCGUGGCAGGAGGUGCUUCAGAAAGCAAGGGAGUGUUUGGCAGUAGUGGGAAGGGGAAUGUGGAGGUCAAUGGACCGGCUGUUCUGGCGGCAGGAGGGGAUGCUGUGUCUGGGGCGCCUGUUGGAAAGGGGUUCGGGCGUUACUGUGAUGCGAUGCUGAAGCAGCAGAUGGAGGUGACGCGAAGGCAGGCAACAGAGCGACGGUUUCUCAAUUUCUUGAAAGGAGGACGGGAGUUUGAUUUUAGUGCUUCAAGAUCGAGUGGCCAGGUGUGA